GGUCACCAGAACGCAACAAUACUCUCUGAAACUCAGCCCAAGAUAUGUCUUCGCCAUUCUUUGGUCAAGAUAAAUCGCUAUAAAUUCGCAGAAGACCGACUUUAUCACUCCACCGCUCCUACGCAGAUAUCUCAUUUUUCUACCCUUAUUUUUGGACCUAAGCCAUCGUCUACAACGAUUUUUACAAAGGGAGAGAAUCGGGAAUCCGGCUGCUGCCGCUGCUGGAUAGCUUCAUAGCUGAGACCAAACUGAGACUGGCAGAGACUCCUUGCUCUGAUACUCUCAUUGUAACUUUCAAGGCCUAAAUAGCUUGACACACUGGCUACAGACAAUCUCAUGUGGCACGAGAAGAACCUAGGGGACAUCGACUCAGCCGAAAUUCCUGAUGAAACAGACCCUGAUGAAAGUUGGCAGAUGCUUAAUGAGCCAAAACAAAAGGUCAGAGACGAUUCUCGAUUCUGGGCGGUCAUCAUCGGUAUCGACGGAGAUACACAUUAUCCUUUGUAUGGUUGCAUAUCGGACGCAGAACUGAUGGAAAAAUAUCUCAUUGAGGACCUUGGUGUUCCCAGCGAUCACAUCCAGCGCCUUUUGGGUCCCCUAGGUGAGGAGACCACCAACAACUCCGAGUCUACUAGACCUACUCGCGCCAACAUCAUCAAGGCACUUUACAGCCUCAUUGACAAUCCUGACAUACUGAACGGGGACAAUAUCAUCGUCUAUUUCGCGGGAAAUGGCGCACGCUACGAUGCCCAAGAUUACUAUCAAGAUUAUCGUGACAAGCUACCUCCAGGAGUCUCUAUCGCAUCAAUCAGGCCUAUCAAUGCGAUAUGUCCCAUAGACCGUGACGCUUUUGACGGCAAAGGGUCCCAAAUUCUUGACAUUAGUGACCGAGAAAUCGACGCCAUCUUCAGCGAAAUCUCUCAGGUAAAGCACAAGAUGAUGAUCACGCUCAUCCUAGAUUGCGGACACGCCUGUGCGAGAAUCAGGUGCCGUCCUCCAGUUGGAUCAUUCCGCGCACAGCGCAAUGCGCCUUCGCUCCUAUAUCAUGCGGUUGAACCUAUGCUCGAAGAUGCGCAUCAGCGUUUGGCAGCCUAUCCUCAGUAUCUUGCGCGGCGCUGUUCGGUAACUGCGCAUGAUUGGCAGCCGGAUACGAGUUCUCAUGUGGUUUUGGCUGCAUGUCAGAAGAACGAGCUUGCGCGAGAAGCAGAAGACGACACAGGAACAGUUAAUGGCGUCUUCACAAAGUCACUCGUGGAUUCUUUGAGGUCAGGUCAAUUGAAGGAAGAAUCCAGUUAUGUUGAUCUCAUCGCUGGACUGCCCGAGUUGCCUUACCAGACUCCCUUUGUCGCUGGAGAUUACAAGGAUGAGCCUGUCUGGUACCAAGAACCAGUGUCGACUGUCUUUCCUUCUCAUUUUUAGGUCACAGUCAUCUUCAUUGUGUACUCGUACGUUUCCUACCCUUUCCGAUUUUUCCUUCCAGUUGUAUUAUAUUCUUGCCUGGGUUCUCUUCAU